AUGAAGAAGAGCGUGCACCACAAGGUGGCGGAAGCCUUCUACAGCUACCUAAAGAUGUUGCGUCACGUUUGGGUGCUCACCUGGCCGGGCCCCUGCGUCCAGUCCAUUUCACUCACAUACUGGACUCUGGAGAUCACCGAGUGCUUCGAGAGCGAGGAGCCCAAGGAGAAUCUGGCCAAGUACCUGCAAAAAUGCCUCCUGCAGAUUAACAAGAUUGUGGACUUGGUACGUGGCGACCUCAACACACAGAAUCGCAUCACCUUGGGCGCCCUGGUGGUCUUGGAUGUCCAUGCCCGUGAUGUCCUGGCGGAAAUUGUGGCGAAUCAAGUGGAAGACUUGCAGGAUUUCCAGUGGCUUUGCCAGUUGCGUUACUAUUGGGAGGAUAAUAAUCUGGACACGAGGAUGAUAAACUGCUCUUUGCCGUAUGGAUAUGAGUAUCUGGGAAACACCACUCGACUGGUGGUUACUCCUCUCACGGAUCGGUGCUAUCGAACCCUGUUUGCUGCCCUGAAUCUGCAUUUGGGUGGUGCUCCAGAGGGUCCUGCCGGCACUGGCAAGACGGAGACCAUAAAGGAUCUGGCCAAGGCCGUGGCCAAGCAGUGCGUGGUGUUUAAUUGCUCGGAUGGAUUGGACUACCUGGCUCUGGGCAAGUUCUUCAAGGGAUUGGCUUCGUGUGGCGCUUGGUCCUGCUUCGACGAGUUCAACCGCAUCGACCUGGAGGUGCUGUCGGUGGUGGCGCAGCAGAUCUUGACCAUCCAGCGGGGCAUCAACUCGGGCAGUUCUACUCUGGUGUUCGAGGGCACCAAUCUGACCGUGGAUCCCACUUGUGCUGUGUUCAUCACCAUGAAUCCUGGCUACGCAGGACGCUCCGAGUUGCCUGAUAACCUCAAGAUACAUCGAACAACGGCAUGGGUUCCACUGAUUUUCUAG